AUGAGCCGAACCCCGCUGAAUGAUGCGGACACUGGCUCUGGUUCUGUCAUGAACAGGAUGGCCCACACCAAGUUGUCUCUAAUGCGGGACAAAUGUUAUACGACUUUGACAGUGUGCUCACUGAAGCGUGCUGUCACGGGCAGCUCCCAAGUGUGUCUCAUGAUUUGUUACUCCUUCAUAUUACGUGUUCGUGAUCUCUUCUACCUCACCGCUCUCUGCUCCUGCAGCUCGUAUUUCAUCAGCUAG